AAAAAACCUCAUUUGAAUUUUUCCUUAACGUAUCACACUCGGGUGCAGGUGGGCUUUAUAAAAAAAAAAAAGAAGAAGAAGAAGAAGUACAAAGGGUAUCCAAUCUGGGAGGUUUGUGGUUGAAUUGGAUAUCAUACUGCAACUGCGGAUAAAGUAAAGUUGGACAAGCUUUUGCAAGAAAAAUCAAGUAAAGAAAUGGUGUUGUUCAGGUCUGAAAGCGUCGACAGGGUAUGGGAUACAUGGAAUGUGAGAGGAUUGAGUAUUCUAAGCCUCUUGCUCCAGUCUUUCUUAUCUCUGUUUUCACCGUUGAGGAAAGCAAAAGGAGGCAAAUGGGUCGUUAUGAUUUGGUUGGCAUACUUGCUUGCAGACUGGGUUGCAACAUUUGCCAUUGGACUCAUGUUAUGGGCUGAACAUAAUGAAGAUAUCCUGACCUUUUGGGCACCCUUUCUUCUGUUGCAUCUUGGUGGCCCGGACCUCAUUACUUCCUUCUCUCUGGAGGACAAUGAAUUCUGGAUUAGGCACUUAAUUGGGCUUUUUUUACAGGUUGGUUCCACUAUCUAUGUUAUCCUUCAGUCAUUCCCUCAGAACAAGCUAUUGCUCCCAACCUUCCUAGUGUUAAUUUCAGGCAUAAUCAAAUAUGGCGAGCGGACCCGUUCCUUUUAUCUUGCAUCUAUUGACAAUUUUGGUGAAAAUUGGUGGAUACAUGAGUAUGGUAAUUUCUUUUGUGGUUACUUUCAAGAUCCAAUUCCUAUAGUAAUGAAGCACGACGUAAGAAAUCCGGAAGGGGAAUUGGCUGGGUUUGGCAUUCUCAAGAGCCUACUUGUAGGUCCUCCCGUGCCUUCAAAAACAAUGGGUAGAAUUGUAUUAACAAUAUGUCGUUCAAAGCCAGAUGAAGUGCUUAAAAAAAUAGAGAUGAGUCUAAGCCUCUUAUAUGAUCUUCUUCAUACCAAGUUACGAGUAACCACUUCCAGUAUUGGAAGCUUAUGUCGCUAUGUUCACUUUGGUUGCAUCUUGGGAGCUUUGAUGUCAUUCACAAUACUUAAGAAGCACUGCAAGUUGGAUGAGUUUGAUGUAUGGUUAACCUAUGGGUUGCUUAUUGGGGCCUUGGUAUUGGAUUUAAUUUCAUUCAUUUUUCUCAUCGUGUGGUAUGAUAUAACGCGUGCUCCUUUUGUCAACUGGCAUAGGUGGUCUAACUCUAUUAGCCAAUUAAAUUUUAUAACAGAUCAUUUCGAGGAGUGUCGGCCAGUUUGGUUCAACAAGUUGGUUGAUUAUCUUGGCAUAAAGGGUUUGUUCGAUGUCAUCAAAAGAAUUGGAUGCACACCUCCCAAAGAUUUCAAAGCAGACCAAGAGUGGCAAUUCAUUUUUACACAACUGCGGAGUUCCAUUACUAUUCCAGAUAUUGAACAGGCAAAUGGCACGGUUAUUCGUGCUGAGAGAUAUGGUGGAAUUCUUAAAGGUAAUAUAGAUCUCAAUUGGAGCAUCAAGAAGUUCGAAUACAUGGAAAGCCUUGUAAUGUGGCACAUCGCCACUGAAAUAUGCUACCGACGAGAAAGUCCAAAUAACAGCCCAAGCUCUCCCUCUGCAUGUUUCAGUAUUGAUCUCUGGAAAAAAUGCUGCCGAAGAGGAGGUCCAAGUAACUGUCCAAGCCCUACCUCUACAUCUGGCAGUAUUGAUCCUCGGGAAAUAUGCAAGUUACUUUCAGACUAUAUGUUUUACCUGUUAGUGGCGGAGCCCAGUAUGAUACCCACCCUAUCGGCUGACAAAUUGAAGGAUGUAUUUCGGGGAGCAUAUCAUGGCAUUAAAAUCUGGAAGUGGCCAGAUGAAAAGAGAUUCAACUCUGAAACAUUCAUUUCAAAUCUGGACGCGCUAUUGGACAAAGAAAAAGGAGAUGUGAAGAAGUUAACGAAAAUUGUCACAGACAUGGAAGAGGAGGAAGAAGUAGAUAAUAUUUCCAGGGUAACUGCUGCUUGUUAUCUUGCCAAAACGUUGCUCGCUGAGCCUGAUGGUUGUCCGUGGGAGUUAAUGAGCAGAGUUUGGGUAGAAUUUGUAUGUUAUGCUGCCAUUAGUUGCAAACCAAUUGUGCAUGUACGGCAAGUAAGCAAAGGUGGACAACUUCUCACUUUGGUUUGGUUAUUGAUGAAUCUCUUGGGAUUAACUCGUGCAAAGGAAUGGCGUGCAGUAGAGGGCAUAGAAUUUGAUUUUGACUAGAAAGGACCACCUCAGCGACUCUCUUGAAACCAUUUUUUUAACUCUCUCUCUCUUUCUUUAUCCAUUUUCUGACUCCUUAAUUGUCUCUUGUUUUGUGUAUUGUACUCUAUAUCAUCACAAGGUUGUGUUACUGUUUGGAAACCUGUAUUUUCUUUUUAUGAGGUUUGGAGACAUGCAUUUAAAGUACUUAAAUUUAUGUAAUUCAGAAGAGAGUCAGCUCAAAGCCAUCUCCUUUGAAAAUCCAAAUGCAUGUGUUUAAAUUUUUUCUAUCCCCAGCUACCCAUUCGUUGGAAAUUUUAAGGAAUGGGUUUAAGGAGAGUUAAAAACCAAAAUACAGUCUGAAAUUGGUA